AUGAAUCUCGCUGCCCUUCUCGGUCUACUGUCCCUCGCGGCCGCGGUCUCCGCUGCUCCCCCCAAGGCUCACAACUCCCGAUCUCAUUCUUCGGCUUCUAUCAGCAACCUGAAGAGCAAAAUUAAGAAUGUUGUCAUCCUGGAGAUGGAGAACCGCUCUGUGGACAACGUUCUCGGUGGUCAGACUAUCAAGGGACUGGAGAACCCCAUCAACAACGGUCCCUUCUGCAACCCAUACAACCUGACGGACGCCUCUUCUGGCGAGGUCUGCAGUUCCGCUAAGGACUUUGACUCAAUUUUGGAUGAUCCUGAUCACUCGGUGACCGGCAACAACAUCGAAUUCUACGGCACUUUCGCUCCGAGCAAUGCCGACAUCGCUCAGGGCAAGCUCACCCCUUCUCAACAGGGCUUCGUGCACGAGCAGCUGCGCCGCUAUGGUGACGAUGUCAACAAGACCGAACUUGCUAAGCAAGUUCUCAACUAUUACACCGAGGAUGAGGUGCCAGUCUUGACCUCUCUGGUCCAGAACUACCUCACCUUCAAUCACUGGCACUCUGAUCACCCCGGUCCCACCAACCCCAACCGCGCCUAUGUCCUGUCCGGAACAUCAGCCGGCCAUGGCACCAACGACGAUGCCUUCAACUCUGAUGUCCACGGACUAACCCAGCGCUCAAUCUUCCAGCAACUCUCAGAAACCAACCACACCUGGAAGAACUACUACACAAGCACCGACAUGGUCGACGCCUUCUUCUUUGACUGGACUUUCACCAGCAACAACACUGACAAGGCCCAGCCACUGACGAACUUCUACGCCGAUGCCGCGGCAGGCACCCUGCCCGAAUUCUCCUUCGUCGACCCCUCCUGCUGCGGACAAGGCACAAGCUCCAUGCACCCAUCAGGCCUGAUCUCCGACGGAGAGACCUUUAUCAAGAACGUCUACGACGCACUCCGCGCCAGCCCCCAGUGGGAGGAGACCCUCUUCAUCCUGACCUUCGAUGAGACAGGUGGUUUCCAUGACCACGUCCCGCCCCCUCUGGCUCCCAGGCCUGAUGACCUGACUUACACCGAGACGGCGCCUAAUGGCGAGUCGUACACUUUCACCUUUGAUCGUCUCGGUGGUCGUAUUCCCACUCUGCUUAUCUCGCCGUGGAUUGCCAAGGGUCAGGUUGAGCAGAAGGGUACUAACUCGGAGGGAGAUGUUGUUUCUUACUCUGCUUCUUCUAUCCUGCGUACUCUUGGUUAUCUCUGGGAUUUCGAGCCUUUCACUCCUCGUGUUGGUGGUGCUGCUUCAUUCGAGCAUCUCAUUGAGAAAAAGAAGCGCGACGAUACUCCUGCUCAGUUGCCGGAGCCCAAGGCCUUCAGGGCUAGGAUUUAA